AUGAAUCGUCGAAUGAAGCUGAAUGUAGAUCCUGAUUUGGGGGACUUAGAGGAGAUGUUAGCGAAUGUUCAGAACCAAUUAGAACAUGAGAUAGAUCUUGAGAAGGAGAAAGAGUCCAAAAUGACUUCUCUUAUAAACGUCCAGGAAUCGCCAAAGAUGGUUAAAAGGGCAUCAUCUUUUAACAAAAGCCAGAGCUUUGAUCAUCGAAGAAAUCCUCCGAAGCUACCUCCUACUAGAUCAGAUUCUUACAAUACUUCUCCAGGUGACAACUAUGCAGAGUACAGAAAUGGGAGUGAUGGUUACAAAAGCGAGGAGUACUCCCAGCCUGAGACCAAUGGCAAAUUUAAAGGAUCUCAGACAAGUUUGAAGUCUGAUGAAGGAUCUCAAGUUUCCUUUCAGUCUUUCCGUUCUGAGCCUUCGAGACAUUCAGUAUUGAGUCUUCGUGAGGAAAAACGAGGAUCUUAUGCUUCUUUGAAUGGCAGAUCCAGGACGGCUACGCUGCCAAGAGGAUAUGGAUCGACGAAGGAGAAGAAUUGGGAGGAGUAUUGGUCUUACGAACAAUCGAUAAGCAGCGCUAGAGCAUCUGUGAUGGUAUACGAUGAUGGGCUCAAGCGCUGGGUGCCCUCAGGAUCCAGCUCUGGGCUCUCCAAGGUUCAUAUAUACCAUCACACGCAGCACAAUACAUUCCGGGUGGUGGGAAGAAAACUAAAUGAUCAUGAGGUGGUGAUAAACUGUGGUAUAGUUCGCGGCCUGAAAUACAAUCAAGCCACGGCGACUUUCCAUCAGUGGCGCGACGCUCGCCAUGUCUACGGCCUCAACUUUUCCUGUCGCGAGGAUGCAGACAGCUUCGCAAGAGCAAUGAUGCACACCCUCGAGAUCCUUGCGAACAAACCUAUUGCAAACUCUGCACCACCGCCUCCUCAGCCGCCAAACCCUCCAGGCCCGUACAAUGGACACAAUAACGUGCACAAUUACGACGAGGAUAUGGGAUACAGAACAAUGACCCGCGAAGACGCGGCGAUAUUCCAGCAGCCUCAGUACCACGCUCCACACAAUCAACAACAUCAGCACCCUGUCCAGCAACCACAGUACCAUCCGCAGCCGCAGCCGAGCCAGUACCAUGCGCCACACCAACACCAUCAGCCCCAACAGCCAGCACCCCCUGCCCCACCCCCACACGGCGUGCACCACACCCUGCCUCACCAGCCGAGUCAGCCAGUGGUUCAUCAAACACCAGGACACCAUCGUACUAAUAGCGCGCCGAUGCCGCCCAACAUGUCGCUGUCGGCGGCGGGCGCGCCGGCGCCGCCCCCCGUGCCGCCGCACCAGAACCUGCCGCCCCCCUCCAACGGUCCACUAGCGCCACCUACACCACAAGCUGCACCUCAACCACCUCCAAUGAUGCCACAACCGCAAGCUGCCGCCGCUCCCGCGGCAGCGCCGACGGUAUCUAGCGGCCCCCCUCCGCCUCCCCCGCCCCCCGGGAGCGGAGCGCCCGCGGCGCCGGCCGCUGCCGUGACGUCCCCCCCUCCGCCGCCCCCGCCGCCCGCGCCCGCGCCCCCGCCGGACGCCACGGGGCUCGCCGCGCAGCUGCAGCAGGCGCGACUCAAGAGACAGGCUAAGCAGCAAACUAACGGUCAGGCGACAGAAGCAGCGUCCCCCCCUGGGGGAGCGGAGCACUCAGGCUCGUCGUCUUCGUCGUCCUGUUCGGCGGCUCGCGGCACGUUGUCGUGCAUGAUGAACGAGAUGCAGCGCACCCUCGCCAGGCGACGAGCACACUUGGAUAAAGCUGAGGAGUCUUCAGCGGACAACUCUGUGAGCAACACGCCGAUGAAGACGUGGGAGCGCUCGGCGACGUUGCCGCAUCGCCUGCCCAACGCCGCAUGUAAUGGCAACACUUCUAAUUCGGAGUCAACAACGCAGCAAGCGCCCCAGUCACCUCGCUCUGUUCGCAAGAGAUUCGGCUCAGCCAGCGAGGAGACCAUACUUAAACAAGUAAACGGAGGCAACGAAGGUGGUUGUAUGACCGCGGCAGAGAUUGACGCGUUCAAACAGGAGAUGCUGCGGGAGAUUAGACAGCAGUUCAAUCAGAUGAAGAAGGAACUGUUAGACGGUAAGGCUGCGGGCCGCGCUCACGAUGCUAGUCCACACUCUCGCGCAUGUGAACAUAUAUCUUAUUGUACCGACCGCUGCACCACGCACACCAAGUGUGUGGACAUGGCACUCCUCUAUGCUAUUGACUGUAGGACUAUCACUAACCGUUGUAAUCAGUAG